CGUGGAGAGCGCAGCCUUGCCAUCCAUGGCCAUAAGUGACCUCACGUUGGGGUCCCUGAACAGUGAUACCCGCCCCGGAAUCUCCUCCGGCAACACCACCUAGGAAAUUUGGAACCUGAUUUUCUAUUUCGCAAUUUACGACAACGAGUGCGUAUCUUGUUUACACCACCUCACUGUCCGACAGCCCUAUGGAACCGUAGUGCCCUGUCGCAAGCCGAUUUCAACUUCAACUGGUCUUCCGGUGACAAUAACAGAGGCGAGCUAAGCUGCCUCCCCAUCACUCGCAAGGGCGAAUGUCGCAGCCAUGGCGAGCAGUCUGAUCGAGGAUGUGGUGAGGAAGCUCAGUGUCCCGGAGAUAGAGCUUCGGCUCAAGGUCGAAGCAGCAUGUGCGCUGCGCGACAGUCUCGACCACUACACCACCGGCCCCGGCUACCCUGUCUUCCUCAAGCGACUGAUGCCCGCAUUUGUCAACAUCCUCCGCCAACCAUGCGUCUUCCAGACUACGCCACCCGAUCAGAUCAACGCGCAGAAACUGCGGAACUGCGUGUUAGAGAUCUUCCACCGGCUGCCGACCUCACAGGUGUCCCCCGAUCCGUUCGAGCCGUACGCUGAGGAGGUUGUCGAUCUCUUGAUGCAUCUCGUCCGCAACGAUAAUGAGGAUAACGCAGUGCUCUGCGUCAAGAUCAUUUCAGACAUCAUGCGGCAUCAACACAAGAUAAUGGGGAACAAGGUUCAGGCCUUCUUGUCUCUAAUCCAGGAGCUUUUUGAGCAAUUGGACAGGGUUGUUCGGGAGCAGCUGGACAACACCUCGUCGACUGGGGCUCCCGCGCCGCCGUCCACGCCAGGGAGCACACAGACCACGUUUCUCCCACACCAGCAGUCGCCGAGGGCAGGGUCACCGAUCGCCUCUGGAGCACCCGACUUCAAUGUCGACGUCAGCCAACAGUCGAAUCGCACAUUGCUGAGGGGGAUGCAGUCUUUCAAGGUUUUGGCAGAGUGUCCGAUCAUUGUCGUCUCGAUAUUCCAGGUCUAUCGGUCGACCGUCGCGCAGAAUGUGAAGGCGUUUGUGCCCUUGAUCAAGUCGGCCCUGGUCUGCCAAGCCGCGGCGCAAGCUCAGGCUCACAAGGACGCCGCUGCUCGGGGCACCAUCCACACCGGUGUGAGCCCCAACAUCAAGAACCGCGCCGCCUUUGGUGACUUUAUCACCGCUCAGGUCAAGACUAUGAGCUUUUUGGCGUAUCUGCUUAGGCAGUAUUCGGGUCAGCUCACUGAUUUCCUGCCCUCCCUCCCAGAGAUCACGGUCCGUCUUCUGAAGGAUUGCCCCAGGGAGAAAUCAGGGGCGCGGAAGGAGCUCUUAGUGGCGAUUCGGCACAUCAUCAACUUCAAUUUUAGAAAGAUUUUUCUGCCGAAGAUUGACGAGCUGCUGGACGAGAGGACACUGAUCGGAGACGGCCUUACAGUUCACGAGACGAUGCGGCCCCUUGCGUACAGCAUGUUGGCCGACCUCAUUCACCACGUCCGGGAGAGCCUCACCCCCGAGCAGAUCCGCAAGACGGUUGAGGUCUACACCCGCAACCUCCAGGAUAGCUUCCCUGGGACCAGUUUCCAAACAAUGAGCGCAAAGCUCCUUCUUAACAUGGCGGAAUUCAUCGCUCGGAUGCCAAACAAGGCCGACGCGCGCCAUUAUCUCAUCAUGAUUCUCAACGCCAUCGGCGACAAGUUUGCGGCCAUGAAUAGGCAAUACCACAACGCGGUCAAGCUUUCUAAGUAUUAUGCCCAGCUGGCGACUGAGAACACGCCGGAAACCUAUCUCCCUGAUAAGGAGCACCCGCCCGAUUGGGACGAGGUCGACAUCUUCAACGCCAUGCCGAUCAAGGCGUCGAAUCCCCGGGACCGCGCAGCCGAUCCGGUUGUCGACAACAAGUUUCUCUUCCGGAACCUGAUGAACGGACUCAAGAACACGUUUUACCAGUUGAAGAGCUGUAAUCAACCAGGUGCUGUGGAUUUGACCGCGGCCCCCGCCCACUGGACGGAUGUCGCCUACGGCUUCACGGCCGAGGAAGUCAAGGUUAUCGUCAAACUGUUCCGUGAAGGCGCCUACGUGUUCCGCUACUAUGAGAUCGAGAAGCCGGCAUCCGAGUCGCCAUACAGCUCGCCAGUCGAAUACAUGGCAAAUUUCUACAUGAUUUCCAGUAGCAAGGAGGAGAAGGAGCUGCUCGAGACGUUCGCGACUGUCUUCCACUGCAUCGACCCUGCCACCUUCCAUGAGGUGUUCCAGCAGGAGAUUCCACGACUUUACGACAUGAUUCAUGAGCAUACCGCCCUCCUCCAUAUACCCCAGUUCUUCCUCGCCAGUGAGGCGACCUCACCCAGCUUCUGCGGCAUGCUCCUGCGCUUCUUGAUGGAGCGCAUCGAGGAUGUUGGCUCGGCCGACAUCAAGAAGUCCUCCAUUCUCCUCCGGCUUUUCAAGUUGGCCUUUAUGGCUGUCACUUUGUUCGCGGCCCAAAAUGAGCAGGUCCUUCUGCCGCAUGUCGUCGACAUCGUCACCAAGUCCAUCGAGCUGUCGACCAAAGCAGAGGAACCGAUGAACUAUUUCCUGCUGCUGCGGUCCCUAUUUAGGAGUAUUGGGGGUGGGAAGUUCGAACACCUCUACAAACAGAUUUUGCCACUGUUGGAGAUGUUGCUCGAUGUUCUCAACAACCUCCUCCUCGCGGCUCGCAAGCCCGCCGAACGAGAUCUCUACGUGGAACUCUGCCUCACGGUGCCUGCUAGGCUCAGUAACCUCCUACCACACCUCAGCUUCCUAAUGCGUCCCUUGGUGGUCGCAUUACGUGCCGGCACAGACUUGGUUGGGCAAGGGCUACGGACGCUCGAGUUGUGUGUAGACAAUCUCACCGCUGAUUACUUGGACCCGAUCAUGGCCCCGGUGAUCGAUGAGCUCAUGACAGCUCUUUUUGACCACUUGAAGCCUCACCCAUACAGUCAUUUUCACUCCCACACGACCCUCAGGAUCCUCGGCAAGCUUGGUGGGCGCAAUCGAAAGUUCAUGACGGAUGCCCUUCCCGUCACCUUCCAGCAGUACGUCGACGAUCGGUCAAGCUUCGACAUUCGGCUCAUUGGGUCAAGGCGAGACAGAGCCUUUCCGGCGCACCUCGGAAUCGAUCUUGCAAUCCAGAAACUGAUGGAAGUGCCGAAGUCAAUUAAAGGAUCUUCACCUUCGUCGUCAAAGCAAUACGAUCCGUACUACAAGAGGCAGGCUUUGAAUCUCAUCAUUGCUCAGGUCAAACUGCGGGUUGGAUAUGACAAUUUGCCAGAUGAUCUUCCCCGGCUUGUCCGACUCCAGGUUCAGGAUCUCAUUGCCCGCAACAAGGAUGUCAGCAUAUCCGUCUUCGACGCCUCUGACAAGGAACGGUCCAUCGCCAAAAAGAACGAGGAGGAGCAUCUACUGAAGCGUCUGAUCAAGGCCCUCAUGUUCGCUCAGUCAAUCCCCGAUUUUAAAGCCGAGGUGGAUGCGCUGCUUCUCAACCUUGCUCGCCACUUCACCAUCAUCGAGGUGGGACGGGCACUGGUCGACAUGAAGAAGGCCUACAGCCCGUUUGACACAAAAUCUGGCGAGGGCUCUCUCUUCGUCGACAGCAGGGUGCUGUCUGACGCCAUCUUGGAGUCACUGGCUUCUGAGAACCCGGAUAUCCGGGAUGCAGCUGACUCUCUCAUCAAGGAGAUGUACAACUCCGCCGUCACCAUCUUUGGUUCUCCCACCCACGUUGCCCGCCUAACUUUCUUCAACAGCUUGGCCGCCACUUUCUGUCAUGGCUGCUAUGAAGAGGAGUGGUUUACCAAAACGGGAGGUACUUUGGGAAUCAAAGCCCUUCUUACUGAUAUCGACCUCGGAGAUAUGUGGGUGGCGGCGAAGCAGAUUGAAUUCGUCCGCGCCUUGAUGUAUGUCAUCAAGGACAUGCCGCAGGAUUUGCCCGAGAAGACGAGAAGGUCUGCCCAGAAUACUCUCGAACUCCUCCUGACAAGGCUCACCAAGGACGUCAAAAAGGCGGACUGCUUGCCUGCUCCGCCGGCACCGGCACCGCAGCCACCCCAAACUCCGCAGAAGCUCUCUCGGAUCGCCCAAAUCAUCGUGAUGAUGAACGGGGAGCUCUCGCACAUGAACCGCCAUGUACGCGACACCGCCCGGAGAUCCCUCGAAUUGAUCGCCAAGGCAGCUGAAGCUGAAGUCUGGGAGCUCCUUGAGCCUCAUCGCAAGCUUCUGCUCCAGCCAAUCUACGCCAAACCCCUGAGAGCCCUGCCUUUCCCCAUCCAGAUCGGUUUCAUUGAUGCCGUGGCAUACUAUAUGUCUUUAAAGCGCGACUUUGUUGCGUUUGACGAGAACUUGAAUCGGCUGCUGAUGGAGUCGCUGGCCCUAGCAGAUGCGAGCGACGACUCUCUUGCCGGUAAGAUACAAGAGUUUCGGACUCACGACUUCAUCGUCAAUCUGCGGGUCUCCUGCAUUAAGAUCCUCAGCAGUGCGAUGGGCUUCGAUGAGUUCGGGAGCGGUCCCAACAAUCCUACAAGGAUCAAAGUCGUCUCGGUCUUCUUCAAAUGCCUGUACUCGGACUCGCAGCCGACGAUUGAGGCGGCCAACGACGCCUUGAAAGCAGUCCUGCAGCACACUAGCAAGUUGCCCAAGGAUCUGCUCCAGUCUGGCCUCCGGCCUGUACUUGCCAGUCUGCAGGACGCCAAACGCUUGACUGUCCACAGCCUUGACAACCUUGGCCGGCUGCUCCGGCUGCUGACGACCUACUUCAAGGUAGAGAUUGGAGCGCGUCUCCUUGAGCAUGUCAAGCAGAUCGCCGAGCCCAGCUUUCUCCAGCAAGUCUCGUUUACCUUCUUCGAGCAACACAACUCGUUGAAGGUGAUUGCGGCCGUCUUUAACAUCUUCCACCUGCUGCCUGAAGCCGCCAAACAGUUCAAGGAGCGCGUCAUCGAUAACGUCCUUGAUCUUGAGGAAAAGCUGCGGCGGACGCAUCACAGCCCGUUCCGCCUGCCACUGUACAAGUAUCUCAACAAAUACCCUUCAGAUGUGUGGGCCUUCACGUUGGGUAAGCUCGAAGAGCUGAAGUAUGGCCGGUUCCUGUCUCAGGUCCUGCGGCAUCCGGACAGCCAAGUGCUCCGGGAUUACGGCGCAGCAAACGUCGAGUUCAUUAUCAAGACGUGCAACAAUAUCGUCAGCCAAGGCAAGGAUACCAAGUAUAAUGCGUUCAUCAACACCAUCAACAUGCUGGAUGCCCUCUGCCAAUUUCCCAACGCCCAGUCAUGGCUGGAUAAUAAGGAGCACAUCGAGUGGUUGAAGCAGGUUGGAAAAGAGCUUGAGCGAAACCUGAAGAUGAACGCUUUGCCGCCAAACCUCCGGCUACCGGCCGAUCAAGCCUCCGAGCAGCUCAUGACCAUUCUAACCAAGGCCCUGGCGCGGAAUCCCAAGGAUUUAGACCAGCUUUUUGGCCUCGUUGAGUCCAUCACCACGGAUGACUUACGUGAGACACCAGCCUUGCUCUCGCACAUCUACAAGUACAUCAUUUGCAGCGACUCGGUGGAGUUUUGGAGGACCGUGGUUCUCCGCUGUCUUGAAGUCUACGCCGGGAGGACGGCAUCGCAGCGAACCAAAUGGUAUCUGCUGCACAACAUCGUCAACCCCAUCGUUGCCAUGGAUGUGAUGAGGCACUGGAAUCGCGGGGAGCAGAGUAAGGGCCCGCGGUUCCUUGACAAGACCAUAAUCGACUCGAUCAACACCAAGAUCUGGAAGGUCAACCUGCCCGACCCCCAGGAAGAUCUGUUGCAGCCGCGGAUCGACCACACCCGCAUGGAGGUGCUUCAGCUCUCGGCAAUGAUCGUGAAAUAUCACCACGCCAUCCUCCAGGAUGCUCGAAAGGACUUUAUCAAGUUUGGAUGGACCUACAUCCGGCUGGACGAUGUCAUCAAUAAGCAUGCGGCCUAUGUCGUGAUCGGCUACUUCAUCGCGCACUACGAGACUCCGGCGAAGAUCGUCACGCAAAUCUACUUCUCCCUCUUGAAGACCAACCAGAAUGAAGGACGGGCGCUCGUCACUCAGGCUUUGGAACUGAUGGCACCAGUCAUGGCCAAGAGGUGCAACACAGCAUUGACUGACCGCAACCCGGUCUGGGCGGUUGCUCCCCGCCGCAUCCUCGCUGAGGAAAGCCAGAAUGUGCAACAAAUGACGUGCAUUUUCCACUUUCUUGUGCGGCAUCCAGACUUGUUCUACCACACUCGGGACAAGUUCGCGAUGCUGAUCAUCCAGUGCCUCCGCAAGGUCGCAUCCCCACCCAAUCCGUCCAACGAGAGCCGGAAGCUUGCGCUCAACAUGAUGUGGUUGAUAUGGCAGUGGGAGGAGCGGCGUGUGGAGGGCAAGAUGAGCGAGCCACUCCGCGAUGCCUCCGAAUCACCCAACACCAAGAAGCGCAUGUUGGAGGACCUGCAGGCAUCCUCCCCUUCGGCGGCGCGGCAGCCGGAGAAGGCUGAGUUCCAGAUCCCGGCAAUGGGCCGCCAGAAGAUGAUCAAGUAUCUCGUGGAGUUCAUUGCCCAGCUCAACGAACGGUACCCGCUCCCCUCAGCCAAGCCACGCGAUCCUGCUGCAGCUGCCCUACAAUCACCGUCGACCGAACUCUGCAAAAAGGCGAUGACUCUGCUGUACAAUCUUCUCCAGCCGCAAUACUGGGGCGACUUGGACGUUGAUCUGUUCCCCAAUAUCACCGACGUGGUUUUGGCCAGUGAGAAAGCAGCAGGCCUCCUGGCAGCGGAUCCCUCAGACACGGACAAAUACGAUGAUAAGUUCAUCACCAACAUCGUCAACACGUUGCAAGUCGUCCGCAUUAUUCUCAACUUCAAGUCUGACGACUGGAUCCUUAGAAACAUGACCCAGGUACAGAAGAUCCUGGAGAAGUGCCUGAAAUCAGAGAACCCCGAGAUCCAAGACUGUCUGCAUGUGGCCGACAAGAAAUACGAUGGUGACCGGGACAUCAAGCCGAUCGUCAAGCGUAUCCUGGAUGCCGUCCCGGAGGACGUCCCAAUGGAGGAUGCCGAUGUCGAUGGGGAGUCGGAAGCGCAAACCUCAGAGGCCAUUGCGUUUCUCUCGGGAAUCGCCACCGAGAGCAUGGCUGCCUCAAAUUACGUCUCUGGCAUCAACCUCUUGUGGUCCCUCGGCCGUCGCAAGCCAUCCACCAUUGACCAGCACAUACCCGCCAUCAUGAAGUCGUUGCAGUCAAAGCUUGCGCGGGAUCACGUUUCGCACUACGCAGCCUUGGCGCAUCAGGCCAGUGGUAUUCGACCGCCGCAAGACCCGAAUGCGCCGACCGAGAUGAACGCCUAUGAUCUCGAGAUCCAAACGGGCUUAAUCCUCAAGGCAAUCGAGGUGACAGCGAUGCGUAUGGAGAUCCUUGGCGAUAACAGGCGGCCCUUCCUCAGUGUUUUGGCGACCAUCGUCGAGAAGUCUCUGCAUGUGACUCUUUGCGAGAAGAUCCUCGAAAUGGUGGAAGGUUGGGUCUUCCGCUCAGAAGGCACGUGGCCGACGCUCAAAGAGAAGACAGCGGUACUGCACAAGAUGAUCUCGUUUGAGCAUCGCCAAGAUCCAACCAUGUUGAUGAAGUUCCUUGAGCUUGUUCUCCGCAUCUACGAGGACCCCAAGAUCACCCGGACGGAGCUGACAGUCCGCAUGGAGCAUGCCUUCCUCAUCGGCACCAGAGCCCAAGACGUGGAGAUGCGCAACAAGUUCAUGACCAUCUUCGACAAGUGCCUUUCCAAGACCGCGAGCGCCCGGCUGGCCUAUGUCAUCCUUUCCCAGAAUUGGGACACUUUGGCGGACUCAUACUGGCUCGCGCAGGCCUCUCAGCUCCUCUUGGGUGGCGUGGACAUGAACCCUAUCAUCCAGCUUCACCAGGAUGAUUUCCGGACUCUGCAGCUUUCUCAGCUUUUUGGCAUUUACUCCAAGGACACACGCGAGCCGGCCAACAUGAGCGACGACAAGUACGAAUCUUUCAUGGCGAAUCAUCGGCGGUUUGUGGCCGAGCUCGGCGAUAUCAGGGUGCGCGACAUUCUCGAGCCUCUGACCCAGCUGCAACACAUUGAUUCCGAUUUCGCAAAUGAGCUUUGGGUCGCACUCUUCCCGAUGUUCUGGUCGGCGACAGCUAAGGAGGACCGACCUGAUCUCGAGCGCGGCUUGGUGACCCUGCUGACUAAGGACUACCACUCGCGCCAAAUGGACAAGCGCCCCAACGUUGUCCAAUCGCUCCUGACUGGCGCGGUCAAGACAUGGCCACAUUGCAAAAUCCCGCCGCACGUUCUCAAGUUCGAAGCUAAGACCUACGACGCGUGGUACACGGCGCUGUAUCAGUUGGAGAACUCGGCCCUCAAGCCUGAGAUUGACUCUGCGGCUGUCCGGGAAUCUAACCUGGACGCAUUGGUUGAACUCUACGCGUCUCUUGGCGAAGAUGACUUAUUCUACGGGACAUGGCGGCGCCGUUGCCAGUUUGUUGAGACGAACGCUGCCCUGUCUUACGAGCAACAUGGCAUGUGGGAGAAGGCUCAACGAAUGUACGAGACGGCACAGAUAAAGGCUAGAACCGGUGUCAUCCCCUUUUCCGAAUCGGAGUACAUGCUUUGGGAGGACCAUUGGGUACUCUGUGCUCAGAAACUGCAGCAGUGGGAGGUUCUCCAAGAUUUUGCCAAGCAUGAGAAUUUCCAGGAUCUGCUCCUGGAAUGCGCGUGGCGGAAUCCCGAGUACUGGCAGAACCAGGAGAACCGCGACCAGCUGGAUACUUUGAUCAAGGGUGUCAUGGACGCGCCGACACCGAGGAGGUCGUUCUUCCAGGCAUUCAUGUCCCUCCUGAAGCUGCACAACAAGCAGGAGACCAUGCAAGAUUUUAACCGAGUCGUCGACGAGGCCAUCCAAUUGUCCAUUAGGAAGUGGCAUCAACUCCCCAAGCGCCUCACCGCGGCCCACGUCCCGGUUCUGCAAAACUUCCAGCAACUCGUUGAGCUCCACGAUGCCAGCGUCAUCUGUCAGAGCCUCACUGGCACAAACGCCAAUAACCUGGACGUGAAGUCAGGAGAGCUUAAGCUGCUCCUCGGGUCUUGGAGGGAUAGGCUCCCGAACACGUGGGACGACAUCGUUGCAUGGCAGGAUCUGGUGACUUGGAGGCAGCACAUCUUUGGUCUCAUCAACGGAACCUAUCUGCAGCUCGUGCCUCCCCAACCCCAAAAUGCGGGAGGCGUGUCGUUCGCAUACCGCGGAUAUCACGAGACGGCUUGGAUCAUCAAUCGCUUCGCUCAUGUUGCCAGGAAGCACGCCUUGCCGGAUGUCUGCAUCAGCCAGCUUAGCCGCAUUUAUACGCUUCCCAACAUCGAGAUCCAAGAAGCGUUCCUCAAGCUCAGGGAGCAAGCCAAAUGCCACUACCAGAAUCCCGACGAGCUGACGAGCGGGCUGGACGUGAUCAACAACACGAAUCUCAACUACUUCAGCGCUCCGCAGAAGGCCGAGUUCUACACGCUGAAAGGCAUGUUCCUGGAUAAGCUCGGGCAGAAAGAGGAGGCCGACAGCGCGUUUGGCACGGCCCUUUACUUUGACAUCACGGCGGCGAAGGCGUGGGCAGAAUGGGGCUACUUCAAUGACAGGAAGUUCAAGGAGAACCCUACCGACCUGGGGGCGGCAAAGCAGGCCCUUACCAGCUAUCUGCAGGCUGCAUCGAGCUACAAGAAUCACAAAUCGCGGAAGCUGAUUGCGCGGAUCCUGUGGCUCCUGAGUCUGGAUGACGCGAACGGCACAAUCGCGGCAGGGUUCGAUGACUUUAAGGGCGAGAUCCUUGUGUGGUGGUGGAUCACGUACAUUCCGCAGCUCCUAAUUGGGCUUGGGCACAAGGAGGCACCCAGAGUGCAGAAUAUCCUCCUCAAGAUUGCUAAAACAUACCCGCAGGCGCUGUAUUUCCAGCUCAGGACAAACCGGGAGGACAUGCUCCAGAUCAAGAAGAAUCAGGAGGCCAAGGAGCGGGCGAAGCGCGGCCCGUCAGCGGCCAGCAAACCCAACGGUUCUCCUCAGUUGACUAAGAAGGACCCUACGGCCGGUGGCGGCGAUUCCCGACCAGCCACGGCUAAUGGGGAGGCGGCCGGACAAAUCAAGCCGGAGCCGAAGGCGGAAGGGGCAGAUGGCAGCGCAGCGGCCGCUCCGUCAGCCGCGGCAAACGGUCCGGCACAGAGUGAGCAAACCGGCAGCGCGCAAAAGAAGCAGCCUUGGGACCUCAGUGAAGAGAUCAUGAGCGUCCUGAAGACGGCCUUCCCGCUGCUCGCGCUGUCCAUGGAGACUAUGGUGGAUCAGAUCCAGAAGCACUUCAAGUGCCCUCCGGAUGAGGACGCUUAUAGGUUGAUCGUUGCCCUCCUCAACGACGGCCUCGCCUAUGUCAGCCGCAUGCCGACGUCGUACGCCAAGGAUGUGAAGCUUCCUCCUGCCACCGAGAACAACAUAACGCGUUUCGCGGAGACAAUCCUGCCGAGUCACAUAAGAGGGACUUUCGAGGCAGAUUUUGUCAAGGUCAAGCCGACCAUGUACGAGUACAUCCACAACCUGCGCAAGUGGCGCGACAAGUUUGAGGAGAAGCUGGACAGGCGGGCGUCGCCGGUGCCGCUCGAGAGUUUUGCCCACUACUCACCGCAUCUCAGUGAGUUCCGAUACCAAAAGUUUGACGACGUUGAGGUUCCGGGCCAGUACCUUCAACACAAGGACAAGAACCAAGAUUUCGUCCGCAUUGACAGGUUCUUACCCAACGUUGACCUCGUGCGCACCAUCGGGACUUCGCACAGGCGGCUCAAGAUCCGUGGCCACGACGGCAGUGUGCAUCCGUUUGCCGUGCAGCACCCGGCGGCGCGACAUUGCCGGCGUGAGGAGCGCAUCCUGCAACUGUUCCGGCAGCUCAACCAGACGCUGGCUAGCAAGAAGGAGAGUAGGCGGCGGGAUCUGCAAUUCACGCUACCGCUGAUGGUACCUCUUGCGCCUCACAUCAGGAUCGUGCAGGAAGACACCACAUACAUCACGCUCCAGGGCGUCUAUGAGGACCACUGCCGCCGGAACGGAAUACAAAAGGACGAGCCAGUGCUGUUCACGAUGGAGAAGCUUCGGGGACUUGUGGAUGUUAAGGGACCAAAACCGCCUGAGCACGCAGUCACGGCGCGGAUGGAGGUGCUGCGGGCGAUCCAGGAAAAGUACGUGGACAACACAGUGGCGCUCGAGUACUUCCAGGGUGCUUUCCCCGAUUUUUCCGAGUUCUGGCUCUUCCGGCGGCGCUUCUCGUACCAGCUGGCGGCGCUGACGUUCAUGACAUACAUCAUGCACAUCGACAAGCGGUACCCGCACAAGAUCAACAUUGCACGGGGGUCGGGCAACAUCUGGGGCUCGGAGCUCGUCUGCUUCAUGGCGCCCAACCGGCCCUACUUCCACAACCAGGAGCCGGUCCCCUUCCGGCUCACGCCCAACCUGCAGACGCUCAUGGGCCCGCUCGCAACGGAGGGCAUCUUUUCGUGCUCGGUCAUGGCCAUCGCGCGGUGCCUGACGGAGCCGGAGCUGCAGCUCGAGCACGCGCUGACGCUGUUUGUGCGCGACGAGAUGAUGUACUGGUUCACAAGCUCGCACCGGGCCAUGAACGUGACCGAGAACCAGCUGCGCGAGACGGUCCAGGCCAACAGCGAGAUGAUUGUCAGGAAGGCCGUGUCGCUCGCGCAGGCGCCGGCCGGAAACCUGCCCGCGCAUCAGACGGUCAUUGACCUGAUUGCGAAGGCGGUGAAUCCGAUGAACUUGGCCAUGUGUGAUGCGCUUUGGAUGCCUUAUCUUUAGGCUGGUGAAUGGAUGGAUGAGUUGGGGGUUGGUUGACAGUGGCCGCCUGGGUUUUGCUUGGUUCGCUGGAGGCAGCGUCUGUGUAGUUCUUGCUUGCGGAGUAAGUAGUUCUUAUGUUUGUGUACUUUUAUGGGAGUUGGGAAUGGCAAAUGGGGUAAAAGGGGGAGGCAUUUGGAGUCGAGGUGGAUUCAGGUCCGGAACAGGAGGCAUUGGUGGCAGUGUUGUUUGACAAAUGAAGACUAUCAUAGGGCGCCACGCAUCUCUGAGAAAAUGAGUUAAAGUCUCA